AUGCACGCACACAGACAUUCUCACACGGCGAAGCACCGCCGCUUACCUCCCUCACCGGCGCCACACAUACGUCAUCAGCUCCAUGACCGUCGGGGACCCGAGAUUUCCGGCGACACUGAUAGAAGGAGGACCGUCGUCCAAGGCCGUCGGAGUACACUGAUGGGACGGCGCCUCCGUACAAGCCGUUCUUCCCGUCGCCGUCCGGUUAUGCCAACCAUUUCGCCGCCUCCGACGACGCCUCGACUGUGCGCCUUCGUAAAUGUCGUUCUUCCCAUUGUCGUCGAUUUACGCCCCCCCGGCGCCGACGGGCGCCUCGACUGUGCGCCUCCGCACACGUCGUUCCUCCCAUCACCGUCCACUCACGUCAGCCAUUCUGCCGCCUUCGACAACACCGUGCAGCCGCACCAGCCCGCCGCCCCACUGUCGCAACAUCCUCUCUGCAAUUCUCUGUGCGCCACCUCAGCUGCCGUCGCGUCGCCUCGCCCGUCAGCCAUCUCGUCUCCGUCACCGUCGCAUCGCGCCGCCUCCUUCUGCAUCUCCUUCGUCAGAAUCGCCACAGUCCGCUGCGGCGUCGCACAGCCUCGGUCUGCCGCCUCGCUGUAUCGCCGUCGUUUGUAUCUCCUCCGUCUGAUGCUGCAUCGCCUUGCCUUCGACCACUGCCACCGCAUCGCCUCACAUCCGACCACCAUCGAUCUCCGACCGCUGCUGCGACUCAUCGCCUCCACCCGCCACCGUGACGCCUUGCCUGCAUCCGUCGUCUCUUUGACCGGUUAA